AGCUUGUUUAUUUCUCAGCUGUCGCUGCUUUUUGUCAGUCAGUUGGCUCGCCAGUAGAACAGUGGACUUCACAGGAAGAAUAUGUCCUGUAUUGUUUUAAUUUAUACAAGCAGUGCAACUUUAACAAUUUAAACAAAGCGGACUGUUAUUACUUUGAAUAUAUUUGGAUAUACAGUGUUGUUUCGCUGUUUGAAAACUCCUGAGGUGUGACUCAAGUGAUGCAACAUGGCAGCAAUUCCUCUCAGUAGGUGUCUCUUCUCCGCACUAAGGAGACACACUCGGUGUCAAAGCCGGGGAUUAAACUCUUUGGCCGAGAGGACAGUGAGCCGGGUGUCCUCUGUGGUGACAUGUAACCGCAGAGAGGGGGACCUUGACAGGAGACCCGGUGUGGAGCGGGACAGGAGAAGCGGUCAGGACAGCAGCAGCUCUCCCCUGCUGCAGUCACUCUCUGUGGGGCUGGGACUCUGCGCUGUGGCUCUUCUGGACAGUCGAACAGAUGAACAAGUAGAGGACGGAAGAGUGUCUUUAUCCGGGCGGCUUCUUGGACUCAUCCUGCCAUCAGCUCACUGUGCCUCUCCCUUUAAACCCGACACCCCCCGGUAUAAAUACAACUUUAUUGCAGAUGUGGUGGAAAAGUCUAAUCCAGCUGUAGUGUACAUUGAAAUUGUGGGCAGACACCCAUUUUCAGGAAGAGAAGUCCCUGUGUCAAAUGGUUCUGGUUUCAUCAUCAGCAGUGACGGUCUCAUCGUCACCAAUGCUCAUGUUGUGGCCAACAAGAGAGGCGUCCGUGUGAAGCUCACCAACGGGGACACGUACAAUGCCACUGUGCAAGAUGUUGAUCAAGCAGCAGAUAUUGCCACCAUUAAAAUCACUGCAAGGAAUCCUUUACCAACGCUCAGCCUCGGUCGGUCAUCUGACAUUCGACAAGGAGAGUUUGUGGUUGCCAUGGGGAGCCCGUUUGCUUUAAGGAAUACAAUCACGUCAGGAAUCAUCAGCUCAGUACAGAGAGGCAGCAAGGAGCUGGGCCUGUCCAACUCCAACAUAGACUACAUCCAGACUGAUGCAGCUAUUGAUUUUGGAAAUUCUGGAGGUCCCCUGAUUAACUUGGAUGGUGAAGUCAUUGGUAUAAACACGAUGAAGGUCACAGCCGGAAUCUCCUUUGCUAUUCCAUCUGAUCGCCUGCAACUCUUUCUGGAUCAAGCAUCAAAAAAGAAGAAUACUUGGUCUGGCGAGUCAGAGACGAAGCGGCGGUACAUUGGUGUGAUGAUGCUGACCCUGACGCCGAGCAUCAUCGCAGACUUGAAGUUGAGAGACCCAUCCUUCCCUGACGUGACACACGGCAUCUUGAUUCACAGAGUAAUCAUGGGCUCCCCGUCCGACAGAGCUGGCAUGCUACCAGGAGACGUGGUGUUAGAGAUUAAUGGAGUGAAGGUGAACACCUCAGAGGAGAUCUACAAGGCUGUCCGCUACAGCGACGAAAUCACCAUGGUGGUGCAGAGAGGACAGAAGUUGCUUCGACUGCAAAUUACUCCAGAGUUCACAGAGUGAUGCUUUCAGAGGGUCACAUGAUUAAUACAUGUUGUAAUGUUUGAUUUUGAGUUCUAGUAUUUGAGGACUUUUGUUAAAUAUUUUGUUGAUACCUCAAAUGAAAGUAUGUAUUGCCUGAAACGGUCUUUCUCUGCAAGGCUGUUUACUAAAUAAUUAUUUGAUGUCAUUUCUAGAAUCAAACAGUUUGAAUCGUCGUAACCUGCCAGCACCUAAAGACUUUAAUGGCCAGUCUAGUAUUUAUUCACCGGUUUCCCAGAGUACAAUAAAUAUGUUUUCUACCGCUAGAAAAUGUGCCUAAACUA